GGCACCUCGUGUGUGAGCCACUCCAGUGUUUCCUGAAUUUACAGAAGAAUAUAUCUCACAAGCUCACAAUGCUGGGGAUCUGCUUUUGUUUAAGUGUUGUCGUCCACCUUGCUGUGUCUCAGAAAACAGAGGAGCCCGUCACAUUCACGUGUACUGAAGGUUAUGAAUUUGAUGUUGAAAAGGAAAUCUGCAAAGAUAUAGAUGAGUGCGAGACGGUUCAUGAAGCCUGUAAAGGCGGCAUGAAAUGCGUCAAUCAUUUUGGCGGAUACCUCUGCCUACCCCAAAACGCUUGGAUAAUAGUCAGUAAUGGUGAGGAUCAGCCCACUACACCCCCACCAGUGGACACGGGUGCCAGAGCAGUUCCACCCGCUGUACCUGAAGUCCCCAGGGCCUCUCAUACAAUCCAGUGUGCUGUGGGUUUCAUGCCGGACUCUCAGAACUACUGCAGAGACGUGAAUGAAUGUGCCACGUCAAACCACUGUCAGCAUCAGUGCUACAAUCUGAUUGGCUCUUACAUCUGCCAGUGUGAAGUUGGGUAUGAACUGGCUUCAGACUCUGUCUCCUGUCAAGACAUCGACGAGUGUGAAUUCUCCAACUACAUGUGCCAGUUCCAAUGUGUAAAUCAGCCUGGAGGAUACCAGUGCGCAUGCCCUGAGGGAUACCAACUCCAUGGGACGAGACUCUGCCAAGAUAUAGACGAAUGUGAAACGGGACACAACUGCAGAGAUGAGGACAUGUGUUGGAAUUACUACGGAGGAUUCCGUUGCUAUCCCAGAAACCCCUGCCGUGAGCCAUACGUGAAGACUGGCGAAGGUCGCUGUAGGUGCCAGUCACCCACUGUGUGUCGGGGGCUUCCGCCUGUUAUUGUCUACAAAUACAUGAGCAUCUUUUCUGAUCGCUCGGUGCCUGCGGAUAUCUUCCAGAUUCAAGCAACUAGCGUCUAUCCCAACAUGGUAAACACUUUCACCAUCAAAUCCGGCAAUGAGGGAGGAGAAUUCUACUUGAGGCGUUCCAGUAACGUGAGUGCCAUGCUGGUCAUGACCAAGCCUUUGACAGGACCCAAAGAACACGUCGUGGAUUUGGAGAUGGUCACCCAGAGUAACGUCUUGAGCUACCGUUCCAGCUCGCUGCUGAGGCUUACCAUUAUAGUGGGCCCAUACCCUUUCUAAAUCCUCAUCUACAUGAACCUAAACAGCACCUUGGAUUUAAUCUUUGUACUACAGCUUUCUAUAUUCAUAGUGUUCAGCAUGGUCACCUGAUUGUGGUCUAGAUCAGUGGUUCUCAACUCAUGGGUCACCAUAGAUGUUUAGCGAGACAUAUUAGGAACAUCGCAGAGGAAAAACAUUGCUAAAUGCAAAUUAUGAAGUGAAACUGGCCAUGGAUAUGUGUAAAGGGAAAAUAACAAAAUACUUGUCAUGGCAAUGCUUCGUUACUUUCGUUGAACACGAAAGAAGAUAUUUGAAAGAAUGUUUGUAAGCAAAGUACAUUGACUUCCAAUGUAUAAACACGAAACCACUGAGACAUUUCUCAAAAUAUCUUCUUUUGGGUUACAAUGCAGGUUUCAUAUACAGGUUACAUAUACAGGGUUACAUAUACAGGUUUCAAAUGACAUGAUGGUGAAUAAAUGAUGGCAGAUUUUUUUAUUUUUGGGUGAACUAUCCCUUCAAUACACUACAAUGUUUGAUAUUAAGAAUUUUUUGCUUACUUUUCUACAAUGAACUACAGAAAGUGUUGGAUCGAGCUAUAUUAAAAUCUGAGUCCUGAAGCAAAACCCGUCGAGAACCACUGAUCCAUAUUGUGUAGAUAUUUGCAUAUUCAUUGGGUUUCCAACAGGAUUUGAGAUUUAUUGACUGAUAUUUUUUAUCCAUAGCUUUACAAUUCUCAUCCAUGCAUCAGAAUAUAGAUGAGAAAGGUUAUCAUAAGGAUUCAUUUCUAAGACUCUCUUUAAUUCUCAGCAGGAAGAAAACUGUUUUAUAGGUGGAACAUGUGGAUAAAGCGAAAGUCUUAGGUGGAACAGUUUGUGUCGUAAUCGAAUGGCAUCCUUAGCUAAUGGAAAUAUUUGAAUGCGACCUCCGCCUAGCAAAUACUGCCGAAAUGACCUCCCAUCCUAGGAGAAUAAGGCAAUAAUGUUUUGGAAACAGAAGUGAUGUUUUUAGGAAAUUGCUGGCAAGGGUUUCGGGUCACAUAAGCAAUGGAACUGUUGCCUAACAUGUCUGUACGCUUGCCAGAGCACCGUUUGAUCUUGAGCAGUGUUUCUUAUUGAUGAUCCAAGACAAAAACUGUUUCUUAAACCCGUUGCGUCACACCCAGUGCCCCCAGAGAUGUGGCCCUGGGUGAGGCUGAAACGGUUAACCCACGUUGUAUCUCGGUUGCAUCGAGAUACAACUGUGUCAUGCAAUGCAAAGGAUGCUUGCCAUUCAAACAUAUAUUUGAUAUAUAUAACAUCAAUUUUCUUAUGAUUCACUUCAUGACUUAACUGAAUUUGAUUCACACAUGGUGAAGGCUCCCUCUUAUUUCUCUUAUUGAGAUAAUGUUGUUAAUAUAGUCUAAACCAGGGGUUCUCAACAUUUUUGACUCCAAGGCCCGCUUAUGCAUUCAACAAUAUUCAGUGGCCCCCUCCCGAACACAAAUACUCAAAAUUUCUACCCAAUAAGAUAUUUGAAAGCUUGAUAAAGUGUUUAAAUUUAUAUUAAAAUAUAAAAUGGACAAAAUCAGUUAUUUUAAAAUGUAUUUCAAUGCUCAAUUUGUCUAAUUUUAAAUUAUUAGUCAUUCUGAGGCCCCCUUGGAAGUCAGCCCGGCCUCCUUCAUGGGCCUCGGCCCCCCCUGUUGAGAAUCCAUGGUCUAAACUGAUCUAAUCUCAAAUCAAUGUAAUAAAGAGAAGUUUUUUUUCUUACAAGACCUGAAUGUCGAUUGGAUUUGCACCUUGCAAAGAGAAAUAAUCUGUAUUUUUAGUUUAUUUACAAUUGCACUUUUUUAACUCAUAUGUAGCCUUAGUGCCAUUUAUUCUGCUGUAAAGUUGUUGUUUUUUGGAAAUAAAAGAAAUUCAAUAACAGUGA